UCGAAUGUGUCGGCCUGCCGAACGGUCUGCCAUUAUAUUCAAUCCGCCGCGGCCGAUCAAGGAGAAAGCUCAGCUAGCUAAAAGGAUGGGGCGCACAGCUGCAAUGCGGUGGAUGCAGCCGGCGCUGCUCCUCGUCCUGGCCACCGUCGCCGUGGUGGUGGUCCGGGCCGAGCCCCAGGUGCCGUGCUACUUCGUGUUCGGGGACUCGCUCGUGGACAACGGCAACAACAACGACAUCGCGUCGCUGGCGCGGGCAAACUACCCGCCCUACGGCAUCGACUUCCCCGGCGGCGCGACCGGUCGGUUCAGCAACGGCCUCACCACCGUCGAUGCUAUAUCUCGGCUUCUGGGCUUCGACGAUUACAUCCCCGCGUACGCCGGCGCUAGCAACGACCAGCUCCUCACCGGCGUCAACUUCGCCUCCGCUGCAGCCGGGAUCAGGGACGAGACCGGCCAGCAACUGGGCCAACGGAUCAGCUUCGGUGGGCAGCUCCAGAAUUACCAGGCGGCGGUGCAGCAGCUGGUGAGCAUCCUGGGCGACGAGGACUCGGCGGCGAACCACCUGAGCCAGUGCAUCUUCACGGUGGGCAUGGGCAGCAACGACUACCUCAACAACUACUUCAUGCCGGCCGUCUACUCCACCAGCCAGCAGUACACGCCGGAGCAGUACGCCGACGCGCUCGCCGGCCAGUACUCGCAGCAGCUCCGGACCCUGUACAACUACGGCGCCCGGAAGGUGGCGCUGAUGGGAGUGGGGCAGGUCGGGUGCAGCCCCAACGAGCUGGCGCAGCGCAGCCCCGACGGCGCCACCUGCGUGUCCGAGAUCAACGCCGCCAUCGACAUCUUCAACCGGAGGCUCGUCGCCCUCGUCGACCAGUUCAACGCGCUGCCCGGGGCGCACUUCACCUACAUCAACGCCUACGGGAUCUUCGAGGACAUCCUGAGAUCCCCUGGAUCGCACGGGCUGACGGUGACGAACCGAGGGUGCUGCGGGGUGGGGAGGAACAACGGGCAGGUGACGUGCCUGCCGUUCCAGACGCCGUGCACCAACAGGAACGAGUACCUCUUCUGGGACGCCUUCCACCCCACGGAGGCGGCCAACAUCCUCGUCGGGCGGAGGGCGUACAGCGCGGCGCUGCCGUCCGACGUGCACCCGGUGGAUCUGCGCACGCUCGCUCAGCUCUAGUUGUAUUGAUUGAUAUUAGAAGACGUCGGUCACGUCAAGAUGAGCAAAAGCUUACUGUGUCUUCCCUUUUCUGUUUUCCCUUCCUCGUGCCGUGAUUCUGCAGUGCGGAGAUUAUAUGGUGUGUACUACUCGAAAGGAGAUAUAUAAAUAUUUGUGCAUCUGAACAAACUAUAAAUAUGAUAUAUACAUGGUUUCUUCGCGUUUUGCUAA